CGUCGACUCCAUGCACAUCUCAGUGCUUUUACAACUGGGGGUGUACUUACCCUGUCACUGACUUUUUUUAUUUCCAUACGCUCUUCUAUUCUCUCCGAUUGCUCGACAGCCAGCCGGCGCUUUCUCUUUGUAGACGGUAGCGACGACCGAUGAAUGCCUACCAGCAACGCGCCCGACAGAUACAUCGCCCCAUAUCAAGAUCGCAUGAUCUCUUAUCUUUCUACAUAUGAUCCGUAAUCGCGGAGCCGAAGCCGCGUUUACCGACGGACGGCGAGCUGGCUAAAUUCAGAUAAGGCCGGGGUGCUCAUAUAUGUCUUCUUUCGAAUACUCUGCUACUUUACUUCAGAGACCCCACCCCUUCCGAAUACAAUGACGCUCUCGCCGCACCCCAAGAUCCUCUUUCUCGACUCCAUCAAGCUCGCAAAAUCGCAGCUGGCGGCUUUGAGCAAGAUAGCCACAAUCAUCCCAAACACGAGCAAGAACAGGGACGAUUUCAUUCGAGACCUCGGCACAAAGUACAAGGAUGUCACCGGUAUCUACCGUCAUUUCAAGGCAUCCGAAUCGAUCAAGAUAACAGGUCGCUUUGACGAAGAACUUGUCUCCCACAUUCCCGAAAGUCUGCGAUUCAUAGCGCACAACGGAGCUGGAUAUGAUCAAAUCGACAUCCCAUCCUGCACAUCCCGCAAGAUUCAAGUCUCCAACGUCCCCACCGCCGUCGACGGCGCCACAGCCGACACCGCUGCUUUCCUCAUCCUCUCCGUCCUGCGCCAAUUCCCCUUUGCUCUCGCCCACGCCCAAGCCGGCACAUUCAACUCUUCUAUUCCCUUGUCGAAUGACCCAAAGGGCAAGGUGCUCGGUAUCGUCGGGAUGGGCGGUAUAGGCAGUGCGUUGGUGGUGAGAGCGAAGGCACUGGGUAUGGACGUGGUCUAUCAUAAUCGGAAGAGGGUGGAUGCUGGAAAAGAGAAGGAGCUAGGUGUGCGAUAUGUGAGAUCUUUGGAGGAGCUUCUCAAGACGUCCGACGUCAUCUCCCUCAACCUUCCCCUCACGCCUUCUACCCACCACCUCAUCUCCAUCCCCCAAUUCGACCUCCUCAAACCCACCGCCGUUUUGAUCAACACCGCCCGAGGCCCCAUCAUCGACGAAACCGCUCUGAUCCAGGCUUUGAAAGACAACAAGCUGGCAGGUGUGGGGUUGGACGUAUAUGAGAAUGAGCCAAGGAUCCCGAAGGAGCUUUUGGAUGAUCCGAGGGCGGUGUGUCUACCGCAUGUGGGGACGGUGACGGUGGAGACGCAGGAGGAGAUGGAGGCGGUUUGUUUGAGGAAUUUGGAGACGGGGUUGAGGACGGGCAAGAUGGGGUUUGUGGUGGCGGAACAGAAGCAUAUGUUGGAAGAGUAA